CGUGCAAGGAGCACGGGAAGGGCGGGGACACGGCUGGGGGCUGGAGCCGAGCCAGGGGUGGGUGCGUCCCCGAGCCCGUGUCCCGACCAAAGUCACCUGGAUUUUAUGAGCGGUGGAACCGCAGAUAAGCGGCUUUGGAGUCUUCAGUUCUUCCAGGAGAGGAGUUUGGGUUUGGGGGAAUUUUCCAUGGAGAAAACCACAGCGAUCCAGAGCUGUGAUCCUGUGACAGCACCGUGUUCUGGUUCUGCGACAUCCCUGGUGGUGGGGACCCUCAGCACGCAGGCAAUGGGACAUUUCAGGAUGCUGUGUCCUCAUGCGCCCACGGGAUCCACCUCCACAGAUAUCCCCUAUGGGGCUGACCCUGUCCCCCAGGCAGACCCUGUCCCAUAGUAGGAGUCCCCGUGCCAUGGGGCAGCCCCCAAAGCUGCGCCCCACAGUGUUCCACCCAGCCAGGCUGCCCACUCUGCCCUCCAGUUUGCAGAGAAACUGAAGCUCCAGGCGCUCGGAUGCCCACAGCCACACACAGCCCUGUCCCGUUCCACGCAGCCACUGCGGUCCCCCCCUACUCCCCCCCCGGUGGGGAACGGGUUAAGGGGCCCGGCAGGCUCGAGCCCCCCUCCCUGGCUCCCCGAGGGCUCAUUAUCCAUGGCCUCAGCCCCCCUGCCCGGGGGAUGAAUAAUGCAGCGCGCUGGUAGGAGCCGUGUCCUCCCUCCCUCUCCUUCCUCCUCCUCCUCCUCCUCCUCGCGGCUCUGCCUUCCCCACCUCCCGCCGCUCAGUCCUCACCGUGCUCAGCCCGGGCGCUGCCGAACUCCGUGUGGCACCGGGCAGCGGCGCAGACCCUGCAGCCAUGGACCCCAAGGACCGCAAAAAGAUCCAAUUCUCGGUGCCGGCACCCCCCAGCCAGCUGGACCCCCGCGCCGUGGAGAUGAUCCGCCGGCGGAGGCCCACGCCUGCCAUGCUGUUCCAGCUCUCCGAGCACUCAUCCCCAGAUGUAGAGGACGAGUCCCUGCCCUACCAGCGAGCCUCCGGCGAGGGCUGCCUGCUGAAACCAAAGAGGACCAACCCGUGUGCCUACACACCACCCUCGCUCAAAGCGGUGCAGCGCAUCGUGCAGUCCCACCUGGAGAGCGGCCUGGCUGGAGGGGACAGCUCUGAUGGAGAGCCCGAUGACGGGGACCCAGAGCUGACUCGCACCUGCGACCCAGACAGCGCCCUCGAGCCUGAAGCCCUGGGGAGCCAGGCCAGAGCUGAGCGAAGCGUCUUCCCUGCCACCAAGGCACACAAGAGGAAAGGGGGGCAGAAGGUGUCCUUUGCGGGAGGCAUCGCUGAGCGCAGCGAGGACCUGAAGGCACUGACUGUGUCCGACAUCCCCGAAGACCCCGAGGACCCCGAGGGGGGCGAAGGCGACGAGGAGGAGCCGGAGGACGGCAGCGAGCACAGCGAGGAGCGGCGGCACGUGGGCCUGGCAGGCACGGAGCGCCGCCGUUCCCCAGUCCCGCUGGGCACCAGCUAGCCAGACCGCGGCCCGGCCGGGAC